CCAUAGGACGCGGGCCCCUCUAGACCAGGGCUUGCCCUGACCUGCUGAGCGGCCCUGUAUGCCACCCUUUCAGCAGCGGGGUCUGCUUUCCCGUUGGUCAUUUACUUUAGCCCUCCCUCCGUGCUUUUUCAUUCUUAGAACAUUGCUUCCUGAUUGCCUCCCAUCCUUAUUUCAUGGAUACAAUAUCUCUUGGGAUCCUAAUUAUAUAUUUUUUGAAUUUUUUUCUGUCUCGCGUGCUGCUUCUAUUUUCUCAGGGUUUUUUGCUUUUUGUUUUUCCCCUGUUUGAUCUUUGUGUUACCCUAUCGGGAUUUCCUGAAAUGUCUAUCGAUCCUUUUCUUUCUCUUUUUUUUUUAAGAUUUUUUUUUGAAGUGGAGCAUUUUUAAAGUCUUUAUUGAAUAUGUUACAAUAUUGCUUCUGUUUUAUGUUUUGGUUUUUUGGCUGAGAGGCAUAGCUCCCUGACCAGGGAUCAAAACCACACCCCCUGCACUGGAAGACGAAGUUUUUGUUGUUGUCGUCAUUGUUGUGCUGGGUCUUAGUUGCAGCGUGCCGGGUCUUAGUUGCAGCUUGCCGGCUCCUUAGUUACAGCAUGGGGGAUCUAGUUCCCUGACCAGGGAUCAAACCCGGGCCCCCUGCAUUGGGAGUGCAGAGUCUUAACCACUGUGCCACCAGGGAAGUCGCUGAAAGUCAAAGUCUUAACCACUGGACCGCCAGGGAAGUCCAUGUUGAUCUUUUUUUUCUUUUUUUAAAAUUAAUUAAUUUAUUUUUGACUGCGUUGGGUCUUCUUUGCGGUGCGCGGGCUUCUCAUUGCAGUGGCUUCUCUUGUUGCGGAGCACGGGCUCUAGGCGUGCAGGCUUCAGUAGUUGUGGCUAGUGGGCUCUAGAGCACAGACUCAGUAGUUGUGGCGCACGGGCUUAGUUGCUCCACGGCAUGUGGGAUCUUCCUGGAUCAGGGCUUGAACCCGUGUCCCCUGCAUUGGCAGGCGGAUUCUUAACCAUUGCGCCACCAGGGAAGCCUGGGACCCAGUUUUGUUGGGGACCACCCAUUUUCAAUAACUGAGGUAUUUUCUCCUGGGCUGGUCAGUUUACCCAGAGAGGAAUCUUUUCAUUUCUUGCCCAGGGUUGGGGGGUGGGGCAGGGAGAGUGGUGGCUGUAGGGGAGCAUGGUAUAAGCACAGUGGCCAACAUUCUUGUGGCUAACUGGAGAAAAGGGGUUAGAGUCCUACUAUUAGUAUGUGAACUUCAUAUAAUUUCAUCUUUAUUACUGCAGCCCAGUCUCACCUGUCAGGUGUUCUCAGAUCCAGAGGCCUUCUGGUUCAGAUCCUCUGUAAUGAAAGUUCUCUAGUCUUCUGCCAUGUUGGAGGUGAGGUAGUCACCUGAAUACACUGGUGAUGGAGGGGAUGAAGAGUGCAACCUCUCAGGUUUUCAGUCAGUCCUGCUGUGUCCUCAGAGCUCAGAGGUGGGGCUAGUAACUGUAACUGGCCAGGCUCUGCCAGACUCACCGGAAUAGAUGAACUUGCUUCUUGGCUUCCCUCAGUGCAGGCGACAGAUAUUCCAUCUCCUCAGAUCAAUAACAAUCUGAUUUACAGCUUCCAAAAUUUUGUCAGCUGAUCUCUUGGCUUUGUUUCUUCUGUGGACUCAAGUAUGUCCUUGUAGAUUUGUCUUUUUAAAUUUUUUUGCUAUCAUUUUAAUAAGCGACCUUCUGGAAGAAGGAGACAUAAAUAUAUGGGUUCAAGACACCAUGCUUAAGCAGAGGUCUGGGUAUUUCUGUGGAAUACAUUUAUUCUUCAAAAUCCAGAGUGACUUAAAAAUGUAAAUCAGAUCGUAUCACUUCCCCAUUUAAAAGUCUGUCAAGAUGAUCCAGCAAUUCCACUUCUGUGUAUACACCCAAGAGAACAGAAAGCAGGGACUUGAAGAGAUAUUGCACACCCAUGUUCACAGCAGUGUUAUUCACAAUAGUAGCUAAAACUGGGAAACAACCCAAAUGUCCAUUGAUGGAUGAAUGCAUAAACAAAAUGUCGUCCAUCCAUACAAUGGAAUAUUAUUCAUCCUUAAAAAAACGGAAGGACAUUCUGACACAUGCUACGACUCAGAUGAACCUUGAGGACAUUAAGUGACAUAAUCCAGUCCGCAAAGGACAAUACUGUCUGACUCUACUUCUUUGGGGUCCCUGGAGCAAAUUCAUAGAGACAGGAAGUAGGGUGGUGGGUGCCAGGGGCUGAGGGAAGGGGAUGGGGAGUUAAGUGUUUAACGGGGACAGAAUUUUAGUUUGGGAAGAUGAGAAAGUUCUGGAGAGGGAUGGUGGUGAUACUUGCACAACAAAGAGAAUGUCCUUAAUGCCCCUGAGCUGUACACCUAAAAGACGGUUACGAUGGUAAAUUUUGCGUUAUGUGUAUUUUGCCACAGUAAAAACAAGGCAACCAGCAAACCCUGCGGGAGUUUCCCAGUUCACUUAAACCAGAACCCCAAGUCAUCUGCGGGGCACGGGUUCCCCAUGGGCUCUUCCCGCAUUUGACUCGGCCCAGCCGCUCGGCGCCGGCUUCGGUCCUCCCGUUGCGCCCCCGCCCAAGCGGCUCCCCGGGGGCGCCGCGUAAGCACUAGCUGCUCGAAGGCAGGAACGACUCCCGCCCCGGGCCCCCCGCAGCGGGUCGAGGGAAGGGUCUCAGAACCACCGCCUACCACCGGGCUCCGCCUUCGUUCCCGGAAGUCGCCCGCGGCAGGCAGGGCCAUCCCGGCGACUCCCGCGCAGCCCGGCGGCCGGAAGCGCGCGCCCGCCGAAGCCUGUCCCUUGCGGCGCGCCGUCCGCGCCCGAAGGCGCCUGCGCGGAGUCGACGCGGCCCCGCGUGGGACGGGCCGGCAUGGCGUUCCGGCAGGCGCUGCAGCUGGCGGCCUGCGGCCUGGCUGGGGGCUCGGCCGCGGUGCUCUUCUCGGCGGUGGCAGUGGGGAAGCCCCGCGCGGGCGGGGACGCGGAGCCGCGCGUGGUCGAGCCGCCGGCGUGGGCGGGGGCCGCGCGCCCCGGGCCCGGCGUCUGGGACCCCAACUGGGACAGGAGAGAACCACUGUCCCUGGUCAACCUGCGGAAGAGGAACCUGGAGCCCGGAGAAGAAGAGCUGGCGUCCAGGCUGGACCACUACAAGGCCAAGGCCACACGGCACAUCUUCCUCAUCAGGCAUUCGCAGUACCACGUGGACGCCUCCCUGGAGAAGGACCGCACGCUGACGCCCCUGGGUCGUGAGCAGGCUGAACUAACCGGUCUCCGACUUGCAAGCUUGGGGUUGAAGUUUAAUAAAAUCGUCCAUUCCUCCAUGACCCGUGCAAUAGAGACCACUGACAUCAUCAGCAAACACCUGCCAGGCGUCUGCAAGGUCAGCACAGACCUGCUGAGGGAAGGCGCCCCCAUCGAGCCUGACCCCCCCGUGUCUCACUGGAAGCCGGAGGCUGUGCAGUAUUAUGAGGACGGGGCGCGGAUCGAGGCCGCCUUCCGGAACUACAUCCACCGGGCGGACACCAAGCAGCAGGAGGACAGCUACGAGAUCUUCAUCUGCCACGCCAACGUCAUCCGCUAUAUCGUGUGCAGGGCGCUGCAGUUCCCUCCAGAAGGCUGGCUCCGCCUUUCCCUCAACAACGGCAGCAUUACGCACCUGGUAGUCCGGCCAGAUGGCCGAGUGGCGCUCAGGACCCUCGGGGACACGGGAUUCAUGCCUCCUGACAAGAUCUCUCGCUCCUGAGGGCCACCUCGAGGCCCCGCUCUCCUCCUCAGCCCCAUGCCGGCCUGGUGUGGGUGCCACCGAGACCGCGGGCUCCUCCCCUGCCCCCACACAGGCCACGCCGCAGGGCCAGGGCUCCAGGGCGCAGCAGCUGGAGAGAAGGAUCCACGAAGCAGUGCUGCAGCGCUGAGCUUCUGGCCCAGGAUGCAGAAGGGAAGCACUCAGGUCAGAUCAGCUUCGUCUCUCGCAGUGUCUCUGCCUCACUCUUGUCCACCAGGAUGAGCCUGUUUCAGGAACAGGAACGAGCAGGCCUGUUUCAGGGACUGGACGAGGCCCCCAGAUGCCGUCCCCACAGGGGCCGCGGCAGACGCCGCAGCGAGCUGUCCGUCAGUAGAGCCCGUCAGGCAGGAGGAGGUGGGCACCAGCGCUCUUCCACUCGUAACUUAUUUCGCUGCUUUUUACACUCUUUUCAUUUCCUAGAACUCUUUGUCACUUAAGUUUUCAUCGAUUGAAUAUUUUCCUCAUCUGGUUCUUGUUUUGAAAACGCAUUUCUCACUCCCGAGUCACACAGCCCUGACACUGUUGGAUCUGAACUCACGUGUGUUGCUAGGCCUUUCCGACACAGAGGAGGGGCACCUUAGCAGGUGAGGGAGGUGACUCGACCUGCUGCUCUCGUGGGAGGGGCUGGGCAGUGACGGACCAGGAGGGGCCCUGUUUCAAUAAAGUGUCUGGCUGACAGUUCAGUCCUUGUUUACCUGUGGCUAUUAAUCUUUUAUGCUUGUGGAUUAAAAUAUUUAGAUACAACA